AUGAGAGUUCUACCACCCAACUGGGAAGGGAUUCAUCCCGCUUACCCCAGCAGACCCUCACCUUUCAAUGAGUCCGCCCUGACGAAAGCGCCCUUUUGGGCUGGUGGCGCCGGUGCCGUUGCUGCUGCUAUCAUGCUGGUCACGAAGCGCUCGCCCUCCGCAGGCCUCAAGACCGCCGCCUGGACUACGCUUCUUUUCGGGAUCCCUACCACUGCCCUCGAGCGCUACGCCGGCCACACAAUAGCCAAGCCCUACCUCGAGAGCAAAGGAUGCGAAGUGCCCAAACAAAAAAUAAUCGAUCGUCCUUUCGCCAUUGACGCCGACAACUACAUUCUUGUAGGAGGCCUUCUCGGAAUCGGAGCCGCUGCUUCUGUGCGCAAGCCAUGGGGAGUUACAGGCUGGCAGCGUUGGCUAGGUGCCUUCAGCUGCGGCAGUUUUGUCGGCGCAUCCUUCAACCAGGUCUACCACUACAGCACAACACCUACCCUUAUGGAGACCAUCGCUAGACAACAAUCACAACGUAUGAUGUGGAGAGAGGACGUGAAGCGUUUUGUCGAGUCUCGUGCCUUCACCGAAAGUCGUCUGAGCCCCGACAACCCGAAGCAACCAGGAAUGACUUCCAUGAACGAUAUGCUCAAAAAUGUUGGAGGUUCUAAUAACGCUAUGGUCAGAGCGAUGCAUGCUGCUGCCGAAGAGGCCGCACAAGCUGCUCAAGAGGAGGAUGUCGACGAAAAAGACCCACAACCACACUUCAGCGAGAUGCGCGAAGGAGAGCGUGUCUUCUUCCCCGAACCAAAUUACAAGUGGCAGCCCGGUACCGACGGCGUCGAACAGAUCGAGUCUCACAUUCAGACGUUAAAAGAAAGACGGUCACGCCUAGCAAACGAAGCAUCGAUGCUGUUCUACACACUUGCAUCCAAGCAGAACGACCUGUAUCUCACCGACAAAGACGACUUUGAGAGAGAGCAGCGUCGCGUUGAUGCCGAACUCAUGGGUCACCUACACACUCAAACAUACCUCGAAAUCUCACGGUUGGAUUGGUGCAUUGCCGACUCACAGAAGACACGACUUCAACUCAAAGCUCUGGAGAACGGUCAACAAUGGUUGCCCCAGAAGCCUGAGAUUGAACCAAUACCCCAACAUGCACGCCGUCUGCUCGACGACUUUGACCAUGAGAACGAAGUCGCUCGCGCCGAAAUGGAUAUGCUUUCCGAGCAAGCCGUUGCCGCUCUGCAGGACCCAGGACUUGGCGCCAUCGACAUGACUACCGGCAAAGUGGUCGAUGAUCCUCAUGCACAGAUCAAGAAGGAUCUUCAGGAACUGAAGCGAGUUCAGAAGGAAUCUGUCAUGAUCCGCGAGGCCAUCACAAAGCUCAGAGAGGAGAUGGGUAUUGAGAAGGCGGACGAUUAGCCUUAUCUGUAAAUAGAAGUAACAGCAAUUGUACAUUCAUUCAAACACCCUGAUGUUCCAGCCGCGCCAAUCACACCAAACUCAGGUUGCUGUUGAUCGAUUCUGCAACGUUGAUCAUACGAGGACAGAAGAUUACCCAGGGCCUGGUCGAACAGAUCCAGCGAGAGUUGCGAAAGACGUACUUGUGAAUACUCAGCCUGAGACAACAGAGCGUGGGAUACACCGGCCACCUUCCAUAGGAGGCUGCAAGAAUGGUACAGCAAUGUGACAAGAACAAGGCAAACACGGCUGUGUCCUCCAGCGCAUCAUACCUUACAAUCCAUUGUCGCAUUGUUCUACCAGGCUGAGUCGUGUGGCAGCAGAUAUUCCUUCCGGCCAAUCUUUCGCCCGAGUAACCAAGAUGCCGAUAUUAAUAAAUCGACCA